AAAUCUGGCCCUCUCUUCUCUGCUCGUCCCUCUCUCGCCAUUCUCUUUUCCUUCCUUCCGCUCCCCUCCCUCCUAUUCUUCGCCCACGCGUCCCGCCCUCCCAUGGUCUUCAUGGCCGCCGUCGAGAACGACCACCACCGCAGCGCGAGGGCCUCUUUGCCUCCGUCAGAUUCCCUCGCUCCCGUUCCGCCGCCGUCACGCAUGCGGCUCCACGGCUUCUCCUUCCCCUCCCUCAGCUGGGGCACGCACCGCCUCCUCCGCUGCUCCAAGAGCCCCGCCUCGACGGCCCCGCCCGCUUGUCCGGAGGCCCCGUCCCUGGACAAGGAGAAGGCCAAUCGUUCCGCUGGCGCCACUGGGGGUGGGUCGCUGCAGCGCCAGCGCGGCCCUCAGCGGCCGUGGAAUCUGCGCACCCGUCCGUCCGCCACCGCUGCCCCGCCGCGGCCGGAGAGAUCGGACGACGCGGCAGAGGCGGCGAUGGAGCGCGCGCCGGUGCCGACGAAGGAUACCAAGAAGCGCGGGUUCUCCAUCGUGCUGUCCAAGGAGGAGAUUGCUGAGGAUUUCGCGGCGAUACGCGGGACGCGGCCCCCUCGCCGGCCCAAGAAGCGCCCGCGCGCGGUGCAGCGGCAGCUCGACUUGCUGUACCCGGGAUUGUGCCUAUCAGAUGUGACGCCAGGCUCGUACAAGAUCGAGGAGAGGUGAUUGGUGCUUCGGUGAAGCUUCAUGGAAGGGGCUUUCAGAUGUUCUGAUCUACUCUGUUUUUGUUUCUUCUAAUGGCUAACACGUCUGUUUCGUAAGUGUUUUGUUUUGGGUGGAUUAGAGGAAGUUUAGGUGGAAUUUCCUGUGAUUAUGUAUUGGGGUGUGGUUGGGAAGCAGUUUAGCUUUUUCAAUUUGAUUACUGGGCUUGUAGGAUUGUCAAUUGUAUAAAGGGUUAUGAUCCUUAGGUGGGGAAUUGUGUUGUCUUGUACAUGGUUUAAUCUAUGAAGGAAUUUAGUUGUUGAAUUUUCA